CUUCAUAUUCUAUCAAUUGCCGCUAUCACCUACUACCGUCUCGACCACGCUCACGAACGUCGAAUUUGUCAACAAGACUACGUCGGUCAGCUUUGCCCUCGACCAACCACGCGAUAUCAAUACUGGGACUACUUCUUUCAAUAUCAGUACAGUCCAUGUUUAUCAGAACCACUCCACUUCUCGCCGCGCUCCUUCUGCCAUGCACCCUCGCCUUCCCAUAUCCACUCCCGAACUCAACAAUAGCUCGAAACAGCACAAUCUGCAAUUCCACUCUCUCCCUCUGCGACGCCAACCUCACCGCCACCGCCGACCCUCCUCCCACCACGCCGGGCAAGUACAAAUGCAUCGAGAUCUGGCCGGCGGACCUUGCCGUGGUGAACUCGCGCUACCCAGACUACGACGUCGGCCGCCUGCACCAAGCCAGACAAUUCUUUAUGCUGCGUCGCCAACUCCUCGGCGACGGCGAGAUAGCCACACGCGUGCAGUUCCAGGGCCUCCCUUCAAAUACCUCGAACCUCACCUGCCGGCUCGAGUUCAUCCUCCCCAAUCUGCAACUGCAGCUCAUACACGGACCGAAUCCGAGCUUUGACAUAUAUCAAGUUGAGCGCGAAUUCGGGUCGAUGGCUACGUGGAAUACCUACGAAGGUCAAGAUAGCACCGAAGUGUUUGGCACUGUAAACGGCGAGCCCGAGGCGCUGGAGAGGACGAGAAGCGUUAGUGGUGUAGCGGCGAUUAACGAGACGGCUUGCAAUCAAACGCUGAGCUUUCAGAUGCGGAUGAAGUAUGACAGUGUGGAUAUGCCAAACUACUGGGGGUUCUCAAAUGUUGAGCCGCCGGCAUGGCCAGAGCAGGGCUUCAGGGUUGUGUAUGGUUGUUGA